AUGCAGUACAAGGUUCUUGCCCUCUCCGCCGCCGUCGCGGUUGUCAACGCCGACCUCCGCCUCAACACCAACGACAUCCCCAACGACUGCACUGCUGUCUGCCGUCCCAUCCGUGACCUUGGCAACAUCUGCACUGUCAACUUCAUCCCCGGCCAGACCAACAACAACAGCGAUCAGCUUCAGGAUGAGCUCGACGCUCAGUGUGUCUGCACCAACACCUCCUUCGAUGUCAAGAACCUCGCUGCCGAGUGCGCCAGCUGCAUGAGCCAGAAGGUUGCCAGCGACCAGCAGCGCAGCCUCGAGGGUAUCAACAGCAUCAUGAACCAGUGUGGCUUCCAGUCCACUUCCUACGCCUCUUCUGCUACCUCCGCUGCCAACACCAUCAUCGUCUUGGCCACCCGUCUGACUGCCAGCUCUCAGCUGACCACCACCAUCGGCGGCGGUGCCACUCCCGCUCCUACCUCCGAGCGCAGCAGCCGCACCACCGACCGUGCCAUCACCACCACCUUCCUGACCUCCAACGGCGGUGGCUUCCCUUCCAUCGCUACCUCCACCAUCGGUGGUGGCCGCGAGACUGGCUCCCCCAACGCCGCCGCCGGUGUUGUUGCCCCUGGCAGCAACAGCGUCCUCGGCGCUGCUGGUCUUGCCGUUGCUGGCGCUUUCGCCCUCGGCGCCUUCAUGCUUUAA